CACACAUAUAUACACACACACAGGAAAGCUAAGAGAUUACAGCAGCAGAGAGACUCGUACACUGGCCGGGGAUGAAGGGGGAAAAGCUACGAGGGGGUAAUGACCGAGGAUUCGGAGCUGCAGAUGAAGCUGCGUCGCAGCGCCACGUGGGCCCCCCCGGCCGCCCCGUCUCCGCCCUCGUCCGUCUCUACGUGUACGCCCUGCACGGCUGCCUCUGCGAGGUGGCCUUCACCGCCGUGUUCGACUGGUUCCUCACCAAGGACAGGAGGCUGUCGGGCCACAGCAGCCUGUGGGCGCUGCCCAUGUACGCCACCGCCAUCUACGUGAUGGAGGGGCUGAGCGCCCGGCUGCUGGCUCAGCGUCUCUCGCUGCCCGUGCGGCUGACGGCCUACACCGCGUUCAUCUACCUGUGGGAGUUCAGCUGGGGCGUUGGGCUGAGCCUGCUGGGGGCCUGUCCCUGGGAUUACUCAGGUUACACGUACAACCUGGGCGGCCUGGUGACUCUGGAGUACGCGCUGCCCUGGGCGGCAGCGGCGUUUAUAGCAGAGCGACAUGUGAUCAGGAACACUCUGAGGAUAAGACUGCACAACUGAACUUGUAUGAUGAAAAUCUGUGCUUCUCACACUGACUUACAUGCAGUCAAUAACCCUUUUCUAACCGGAAUAUUAGCAAUAACCCGGUUUUGCACGGCCAUGUAAACACCAAUAACCCCUUUGAAUAACCGGAAUUUGCUCAUAUUCCGUUUUUUUCUAACCUGAAUAUUUGGUCAUGUAUAGCCUAACGGGAUAUCCCCAUCCAAAGGAACAGGAAAUUGUUUUCUGAGCAUGUUCUUUUCGCAAGGAAUCUUGGUCUUUUGAGUCCAGGAAGUUCUUAUAAACAUGGAGGAACGCAAGACCAGGAGGAGACUAAUCACUUCAUAAAUGUAAUGAAAGAUAUGAACAUUUCUGCAUUUUUAGACGGUAGAAAGUACCGGGAUAGCCAGAUUUACAAAAAGGUGAGCGAAAAGUUGCGCGAAGCAGGAUUUGUACGAACGCCAGACCAGAUCAAGCACCGCUGGAAGACGCUGAAAAAGGCGAACUACAGGGCCAAGAAACAAAAUGGUAACAGAGGGUCCGAUUAUCCGCCGUGCUGCUGUUAUUUUUGUUGUUUUGAAUUUGGAUACAGGAAGAAGAAGCAGAAAUGACGGGAAUUGCGUCAUGACAUUCUCCGUGCGUCGCUGGUUUGAUCCAGAUAUCCCGAAUGAUUACAAUUACCAUAUAUACAGGGAUAACCCUGUUUGCUCACGCAUGGAAACAGAUUAUUCCCAAUGUUUCAGUAACUGGAAUAUUGACAUUAACCCGAAUUUUGACUGCAUUGUUUGUCAGACCGAUACCACCGUUUUUUUAACAGUUUCAUAAUAAAAAUUUGAUGAUUACCUA